CAGCACUUUCAACAGUCCGGGGAUUCAGAACUAGUUUUAUUGUCUCUCCGUUAUUCCCGUGCUUGGUCUGACGUACUAAAGCACUCAGAUUCAUUACAUUAUUAUUAUCACAGUGAAAUAGUGGACUCCGUAAGCCUACCUUUGACAUCGAAAAGUAUAUUCGCGUAAAUUUCAUUGGUUCGUUGAAAGCAGCAGAUACAGAAGUUAACUGUUGACCUUGAAGCUCACCCCGCGCAUUUCGUUAUAUCACGUUAACUAGUUGUAGUAUGGACCAGAAAAGUACUGAGCCCAUACCAGUUAGAAGGGUUACUGUUAAGGACAUAUCGCAAAUACCACAGGAUCACGGUACAACUCCAGGUGGAACUUUGUUCAGUACUACACCAGGCGGCACUCGUAUUGUGUAUGAACGUGAUUUUAUUCUCAGUUGCCGUAAUUCACCGGUUGCUCGAAGCCCAAUGCGUGAUUUGAUAUUAUUACCAGAAAUAGAUCCAUCAAGUGUGAAUAAUGGUAAAGGAACUCACUUGCCUAGCAGUCAUGAAACAAAGAGUUCUCCACCCGCAAAGAGUAAAGAAACUGAUCAUAACAAAGGUGAUGACUCACCGUUCGAAAUGGAUGUAUAAGUGCAAACUUUUGAGCAUGUUGUAAACAAACUAUAUAUAUAUAUAUAUAUAAUUGUAAUAAGUUUUGUCUGUAGCAGAUAUUAAUUCAGACACAACACAUACACAUUUGCCUAUUUUUUGUACCCAAUAAUCUUUCUACAUGAAUCAUGUUUAAUCACGAAUAAAAUUAAUUGUAAAUGUA